GAGAGCUGCAACAGAUAACUUGCACUGUAGGCUACAACAAGGAGCUCUAAAUACCUGAAAGAAUCCGUUCAAGUAGUGAAUAAGUUGGCGAAAUACAAUGAAAAACAAUAUCAGGUAAUAAAAGAGUCCUAUCAAAGACUUAUGGAUCCUUUUGUGCUGGGUUUUUUGCUCUGCCAAGGACCACAGAUUAGCUAACUAGCGAGCUACCUUGAGUUUGUGUUAUGCUUCAGGGGGUUAGCCGAGCUAGCUGACUAAACGAGCUCGAGUUUUGUCCUUCUAACAAGUAAAGGAAAAGUGUGACCUUAGCAUGGACAGUAGCACCAUUUACGUCCGAGAAAGGGGCAACCUCCGCCGUGUCAGUGAUAUAGUCCUAGCGCAGCCAAAGCCAGUGUCAUCAUGCAGAAGGACACAUCCUUUAGUGCUGAGAAAAGAGCACUUCAUAUUCACCUACAAUGCAGAGGGCAGUCUCAGAUACACCACAAAAUCUCUCUUUGACAUCACUCUGUUGUUCGUAGCUGACAACAUUCACCAUGUGGACUCUCUGGUGGGCUUCCCCGAACAAAUAGGAGACAGGCUUUUUGCAGCAGCAGAGGAGAAUCGUGUCUUUUUAAACGCAGACAUUUCUCCAAAGGCCCUGCAGUUAUUCAGUGAUGCAUAUGGGGAGAUGGUGCUUGGAUCCCUCUGUCUGAGAAAUAGAUUUCCACUCUUGCAUGAGAGGAUGGAUGAAAUAAAAACAUUUCAUAGUUUGAAGUCUCUGGAUCUGUUUGGCUGCAGACUGGGUGAUGAUCAUGAGAUUUUCCUUCAUUUAACUUCCAGCUCAUUGGCAAGCCUGAUUCAGCUUUUCAUUGGUGGUAACAGUCUGUCAGAUGUCGGCCUACAAAGAUUGACAGCACCUAUCCGGAUGAUGAGGAAGGGACUGGACUGUCUUCAGUUCCUUGAUGUUUCCUAUAACCCUAUCUCAGAGAGGGCUCUCAAAUACCUCACUUGCCUCCCCAAACUUGAAAAACUGGAUGCAUCUGGGACCAGUUUGAAGCUUGGCACAAGAUUGAAGACGACCAUAUGGGACCUGUUGGGGCUCAUUUAUUCUGAGAAACCACUGGACACCUUUGAUCACUCAAGAUGUAAAACAGAAGGUUGGGCAGAGCAGGUUGUAAACCAGUGGGAAACAAAUGGCUCGCAAAUGCCAAAACAGAAGAAAAUUGAAGAAUCCAGAACGUCAGCACUUCGCUUUUUUGGCAGGCAGAAGUUUGUCAGAGAAGUACUGAGCGCAGCACCCGUGGUAUGUGAGAGCGAGGAAGAGGCCAAGAGAGAGAGACUGCAUUUCCACAGACCUCCAGCAAAUAGUCACAUACCAGAGAAACAGACUCCUUCUGCAACGAAUCCUCAAGCGAAGCCAUGGCACAAUAUCAAAAAAAGGCAGCGUCAGCCAGAAAGGUGUGAGAAUUCACGUCAAAGCCCUCCGACAAAACGUUUGUCCUCUCCAGCUCUCACUGCAGAGGACAUUGACUUGUUGAACAGCUAUUGAGGUGUGAGCCGUGUUAGCAUUCCACAUUACAGUCUGUCGGUUAUCCGGUAACAUUCAGGCCCAAGACAAACUCUAGUGAACUAGUUUUUCUUGGAUACAGGUGGUUGUUGGUUGUUUUGUUUAUAUAUUUUUAUGAAUAAAGUUUAGUAUUCUGCAUGUUUCAACAAC